CUCUGGAGCUCCUUUAAGCAGCGCUCUUAAUCCCCUCUCCUCGCGCACCAGGAAACAAAGAGGGAAGAAAAAGUCUCUUGCCUCUUCGGCAGGUCCAGACUUUUCCCCGGACUCCCUCUCGGCUAGCCGUGGUGCACUAACCCCCUGCAGGCUGUGUUCACGGAUUCUUAACACUGCGCCACCAGGGAAGCUCUGGCCCUGGUUUCCACUUGCUCAGCCUGACCAGGCUCCCCAGGUCUCUCAGGCAAUGGUCACGCCCCCUUCCCCAACCCCCUCCACUGAGAAGGGGCGGGGAGAGCGCGCCACUCUUCCUCUUCUGGGCCAGCCUCUGAGCAGCAGACAAGGGUGAUAAGAGCCCCACAGCUAGCCCUCUCAGAGUCCAGCCUGGCCCGACAGAGCCACCGCCACCAUGAAGGACGAAGUGGCUCUUUUGGCCUCUGUCACCCUCCUGGGAGUCUUGCAGCAAGCCUACUUCUCGCUGCAGGUGAUCUCGGCGCGCAGGGCCUUCCACGUGUCUCCGCCGCUCACCACCGGCCCGCCGGAGUUCCAGCGCAUCUACCGAGCCCAAGUGAACUGCAGCGAGUAUUUCCCGCUGUUCCUCGCCACGCUCUGGGUCGCCGGCAUCUUCUUUCACGAAGGGGCGGCAGCACUGUGUGGCCUGGUAUACCUGUUCGCGCGCCUCCGCUACUUUCAGGGCUACGCGAGAUCUGCGCAGCAAAGGCUGCCCCCGCUGUACGCGAGCGCGUACGCGCUGUGGCUUCUCGUGGCGUUGGCGGCGCUUGGCCUACUCGCCCACUUCCUCCCGGCCGCGCUCCUCGGACAGUUCCAGAAACUGCUGCAGAAGGCCUGAGACGGAGGACGCCGGGUGGGCGGAGCCUCCUGGAGGACGGGGGAGGGUGCUCGCCCCCAUCCCAGUCUCUCAUUAAAGCGUGAUCUCGA